UUCUGUUGCAGCUCCGUGUUAAAAGUUAAAAAUAUAGGUUUCACAUCGAAUGUUAGACGAAGCAUGUAAAAUAAUUUUUUGUAAAUGUUUAUCGCAAAAUGUAUUUUGUAGAGCACUCAGUUCACUUAUGGUUUACGUUUAACAUAAAGUGCAUGAUUAUCUUAGAAAAGUAAGCAAAGCCUAUUUAUUUAUUUAUUUAUUUGUUUGUUUGUUUGUUUUAUUUAUUGAUUUCUUGAUUUAUUAAUUAAUUACAGGGACAAUGGAUAUUAAUAACUAUUUCUGUCAAUAUGCGAGUUAGCCAGAUGGCUGUUGUUCACCUGUAGUCCAUAGACAGAUGGUAAAAGUCACCCUAAAAAAGAUAAAAGUAAAUAAAAGUACAUAUUGAAAUAACAAUAAAGCUACAAUACAUUUAAUUAAAGUACUAAGUAUUAAGCUAUGAUGUACAAUAGAAACACAUUAGAAACACAACACACCAGCAAUCAAACAAACAUCAGACAAAUACAUGAACACACACACACACAUACACACACACACACACACACACACACACACACACACACACACACACACACUAAACAAAAAACAAAAAACCAUCAGGGGGCAACAAGAGCAGGUCAAAAACUAAGCUAAUGUUGACAGCUCUGGUUAAUAACAAACCAUUUCUUUAACUGGAUCUUAAAUGUACUGUACGUGUUCAGGUUUCUGAUGUUUAUACAUGUUCAGGUUUCUGAUGUUUAUACGUGUUCAGGUUUCUGAUGUUUAUACGUGUUCAGGUUUCUGAUGUUUAUACGUGUUCAGGUUUCUGAUGUUUAUACGUCUUCAGGUUCAGUAGCAGCUCGAACAGUAAAAGCAGUUUGACCAAAUACACUUUUCCUAAAGGGAAUGAUCCAAUCUCCCCUCACUGCACCUCUGGGUCUACUGUGAUCAGCUGUUCGGAUGUUGACACACUGAUGGAGGCGAGAAGAAGAUAAACCACAAAUCAUUUUAUAAAUUUUACCAAGUUUUCCCAGCCGAGUAAUCUAUAUUUUUGUAAUAUUGGACAACAACAAGAAAUGUUUGAUUUCUCAUCCAGAAUGUUUACAAAACUUUUUUUAAAGUAAUUGAAGUGGUUUCAGAGAUGUAACACUAGCCUGUGACCAAACGGGCAAACGGAAAUAAAUUGUAAUAUCUUCCACAUUCUGAGUGUGUGUGCUGUUGAACAGUGGAUCAGACCGGGCCGGAUUAGACCGAAGGUCACAACUUUACUACAGACAGCAGAUAGGAUUUAAAGAUGGAGAAGUGGACUGAUGAAGAUGUACAGGCUCUGCUGAACAUCUACGCAGAGGAAAACAUUCAGAAAGAGUUCGAAUCUUCGGCCCGGAACGCGAAAGUGUACCAGAGAAUUUCAGAUCGUCUGGAUGAGCUGGGGAUCAGACACAGUGCACAGCGCUGCAGGGAGAAGAUCAAGAAGAUGAAGCAGGAUUAUAAGAAGAUUAAAAAUUAUAACCGUGUCAACGAAUCCAGCCGUCGCUCUGGGAAGUGGUUUGAGCGUCUGGACGCGAUCCUGGGACACCGGGGACAGGAGACAGUCUGUGUCUGUGGGGACACAAGGAACCGUAGGGACACAAGUGGCUGUAGGGACACAAGUGGCUGUAGGGACACAAGUGGCUGUAGGGACACAAGGGAAUGUGGGGACACAAGGGACUGUGGGGACACAAAGGACUGUGUGUCUGUGCUGCUGGAGCCACUCACUGAGGAGGAGGAGGAGGAGGAGGAAGAGGAGAUGGUGUCCUUUACUGAGGAUGAUCAUUACUCACAGCUCAGCUUCGCUUCCCCUGCGGCCCACAGCAGACCCACCUGCCCUCCUCCCACCCAUGGGGGUUUCCUCCCCCGGUCCAAAGACAUGCAUGGUCCACGUGCAGGGAAAAGGAAGCGUGAUGGAGACAUGCUAGAGGUGAUGAGGCAGCUGGAGGAGGAGCAGAUGGAGGCUCUGAGGCAGGAUUACGAGCAGAGAGAACGUCACUUCCAGCUGCUGCUGCAGCACAUUAAGGAGGAGAUGACUGUGAGGCAGGAGGAAGCGGCCCGGGCCAGACGGCAACAGGGGGAGUUUCAGCAGGGGGUCCUGACGCUCCUCACUCAGCUGGUUCACGUCCUCGCUGGCAGAAACGUCCCGUCGUCCUCGUCCCCGCCCCUCGACUAACUCCGCUCUUCCUCUCCGCUCCUCCUCAUCUGAUUGACACCUGACCUUUUAAUGGCACUUUAUAUGUAACUCUCAGUCUUUAUUCUUGUCAUCUUCUGUUCACUUCAUUCUGUUAUUGUGAUCUGUUCUAAUUAAACCGACUUUAAUCCAC